AUGGCGCAACCCAUUGCCGCCAGCGAAGGCAUCUUUGACGUGGACUCAGGCCCGCAAGCAUCUAGCAAUGAAUACCCCGGAAUCCUAGACAAGGCCGAAAUCGAACGUCUGGGCCGUCAACGCCCGGCCCUCUUGAAAAGCGCCUGGGCAGAAUGCGGGUUCGUCUUCUCUGUCGUGGCAUCUAUGAUGAUCAGCGAGUUUUUCAUCGGCGGCUUCUUCAUUAUUUCACCAGCCUUGGCCGAAUCACUACAAAUACCGACUGCCUUGCGCACCUGGCCUGCUGCCGUUCCCAAUCUGACGACGGCGGCUCUUCUUCUGCCCUGCGCACGCCUGUGUGAUAGGUACGGUGGACGACUUGUCUUCCUCAUGGGGCACAUCUGGCUUCUGAUAUGGUCCAUCAUUGCGGGCUUCAGUCAGAACCCGACGAUGCUGAUAGUCUGUCGAGCGUUGCAGGGAAUUGGCUCGGGUAUUUUCUUGCCCGCGGGCAUGGCGCUUUUGGGACAGGCAUACCGGCCUGGCCCGCGCAAGAACUCCGUCUUCAGCUUGUACGGUGCAUUUGCCGUCAUAGGCUUCUAUUGUGGCAUCUUCAUGGGUGCUCUUGCAAGCCAGUUGCUGGACUGGAAGUGGUACUUCUGGAUCGGUGCCAUCCUCUGCCUCAUAGUCACAGUAGUAGGGUUCCUCACGAUCCCUAGGAAACUAGGACUCGGUAACAAGACGGCCCAAAUUGAUUGGUGGGGAGUGUGCACCAUCGUGCCUGGUCUGGUUCUCGUUGUGUUCGCCUUGACAGAUGGUGGACAUGCGCCAGAUGGCUGGCGCACACCGUACAUCUACAUCUCCUUCAUUCUUGGAGGCAUUUUCCUCUGCGCCGCCGUUUAUGUACAGGGCUGGGUUUCAGCGGAUCCCCUGCUACCAGCCGACGCUUUCCGUCCAAAGUAUAUGAAACGCCUCGUAGCUUCCUUAUUUUGCUCGUACGGCGUCUUUGGGCUGUACCUUUUUUACGCGAGCUAUUAUAUCGAGACAGUCCUCCAUACUAGCCCCUUCCAAACCGCCGCCUGGUUCGCACCACUGGCUGUAGGUGGAAUGAUCCUAGCAUUAACCGGAGGCUUCGUGCUCCAUCUGAUCCCUGGUCGUAUUCUACUGAUAAUCUCGGGGCUCGGCUACAUCCUCUCCGUUCUGCUCUUCGCAGUAAUGCCAGAGCAAUCCGCCUCCGGCGAGCCAUCAACCAGCUUCCUCUACUGGUCUCACGUCUUCCCGGCUAUGAUAUGCGGCACCAUCGGCAUGGACAUCAGCUUCAACGUCACAAACGUGUUCAUCACGACGGCCUUACCGGCCAGGCUUCAGGCUACGGCCGGGGCGCUCACCAAUUGUCUGGUGUACCUCGGCAUAGCGUUCUGGCUCGGCGUAGGGGAUCUUGCUGUUGCGACUUCGCAGGAUCUGCAUGGGGAGCUGGGACUGCGUGAGCAGUAUCAGAUUGGGUUCUGGACGGGGGUCGGGCUGGCGGCGUUGUCGCUUUGCUUGGUGGCUACGGUCAAGAUGGGGCAGGCGGCGGCAGAGAUGACUGCCGAUGAGAGGGCCAGGGCGGAACAAGAGGCGAAGUAG